AUGGAUCACAGUGAUCCAGUCUGCAACUGAUCAUGGGGAUAGUGCAGGACCAGGCAGUUUCAUUCCAUUGUGCGUGGGGAUGCCAUGAGUUGCAGUGGACUGAACGGCAACUGACAACAACGUGUUUACAUCAGUGGAGUAGGAAAUGUCUUUUUAAGACACAAAAAACAAGCCAUAAAGGACAAGAUUGAGAAAUUUAACUCAUAAAGAUUAAAAAUUUCAGAUUAGUAAGAAACAUUGUAAACAGAGUUAAAAGACAAGUAGGUACAGGGAGAAUGUAUUUGCAACAUAAAUAACUUAACAUCCAGAGAUCAAUAAGGAAAAUACAAUCCCAUGAAAAUGUGAACUACAUGUAUAGGCAAUUCAUAGAUGACAUAUAGAUGUCCAACAUAUAAAAAGUUACUAACACCAAUUAUCAGGACAGGGCAAAUAAAUAGAGAAGAAUUCUUUAACUCAUCAGGUUGGCAAAAAUGAAAAAGAUUGGGUGGCAAACAGUAAUAAGAGUGAGUAAAAUGGGUGCUGAUAUAUAGAAGAGAGACUAGGAAGAAAGGCCUGGUGAUCUACAGCCAAAAGUCAGCUAAUGAAUACCCUAUGGAUCGCAACUGUCCAGUCAACACCUGAUCUAGGGGAUGGUGCAGGACCAGGCAGAAUUUAUUCUGUUGUGCAUAGGGUCACCAUGAGUCGGGCCAACUCAAUGGCAGCUAACAAGGAAAUAUACAUUGGUUUUCAUUUUGGUGAGCUGUUUGGCAGUAUCAGUUAAAUUUUGAAACGUGCAUAUCCUUCAACCCAGUACAGUAAUUCCACUUCAGAUGAUGAUUCUAGAAAAAUAAUUUCUCAUUAAUGGGGAGAUUGUGCUAGAAUAGUCAUUGCAGUAUUGUCCGUAAUUGUACUAUAACCUAAUUAUCCAUAAAUGGGGAAUGUAGCGUUGGUGGUAUAGUGGUGAGCAUAGUUACCUUCCAUAAAUGGGGAAUGUCUAAACUAAUUCUAUUGCACACCAUACAGCAGGUAAGAAGAAUGAGAUCUAUGUAUACUGAUACGGAAAACCUUUAAGAUGUAUAGAAGCUCUUUUCUAUCUAGUCAGUUCCCUAUGUUAACUGACAUUUCUUAUUUCCUCUGUAAAGCGUACCGGCCCAUGCCCACAGUAUACUGAAUACUUGAAGCUUGUAGACUUCUCCUGUAGGCCUGGGCACUUUGCACCCAUAAGUUGAGUUGAAUGCUUGCCAAAAGUCAUUGUAUUAGUUUCCAGAUUUUUUUAUGUCAGUUGGGGUUGCCAUGAGUCAGAACGUAUUUUCAUUUAAAGAAAUUUGAGUGUGAAAAGAGUUAUUUCUCUUAAAACUAAGUUGAAACAGGUGGAUACACAAGUGUUUUACUGUUGUUCUUUAUAUUCUAUGCAUGUUUUAUAAAUUUUUUUUUAUAACUGAUAGGUGGGUAAAAACAACUCUAGACAAGAAAAGAGAGCAAAACUAAGUUGAAUGUUUUGGAAAGAUAAAAGGAAAUCAGAGGCAAAGUCAUCUGCUGAGAUCCAGGGGUUCAGAGAUUGGAGGAGAGAGGGUGUAGGAGCUGACUAGAGAGAAAGCAGGAUUGCCAGCACUUGACAACUUAGGGGCAGCCAUUUUGGGGAGCGCUGAUGGAUACCUACGGGGUCGGCUGCAUUGCCCUGGGGGAGGCCGGCCCCGUGGGGAGCAUGACUGUGGUAGACUCUCCCGGACAAGAAGUGCUAAACCAGCUUGAUGUCAAGGCCUCUCCAGAAAUGACAAAUGCGGAGGCCUCCAUAGAGAUGUCUUUACCUACCCCUUUGCCUGAAUUUGAGGAUUCUCCUGAUAAGAAGAGGUUCCCUCUAGAGCAGGAAAGCCUCUCCAGACUGGAACAGCAAGAUCUUUCUUCAGAGAUGUCAAAGGUCUCAAAGCCUAGGGCCUCAAAGCCUGGCCGGAAGAGAGGUGGUAGGACACGAAAAGGCCCAAAAAGGCCCCAACAGCCUAAUCCUCCAUCAGCCCCUCUGGUUCCUGGUCUCUUAGAUCAAUCCAACCCUCUAUCCACCCCCAUGCCUAAGAAACGAGGUCGAAAGUCCAAGGCAGAGCUGCUACUGCUGAAGUUGUCAAAAGGCCUAGAUCAGCCAGAGUCUCCACCUCCAAAGAGGCCCCCUGAGGACUUUGAGGCCCCUUCUGGGGAACGACCCCGCCGAAGGGCUGCCCAAGUGGCACUUCUGUAUCUUCAGGAACUGGCUGAAGAGCUCUCAACAGCACUGCCUGCUCCAGUGUCCUGUCCUGAGAGCUCCAAGUUGAGCAGCCCCACCAAACUGAAGAAAAGCCAGGCAGAUGCAGACCCUCAAGGUGGGGGAGGAGAGGAUGAUACUGCACAAGACGAAGACUUUGUUCUUCAGGUUGAGGCUGAAGAUGAGGAAGAAAGUGAGAUCCCGAGUGAGAGCUCAUCUGACCCCGAGCCUGCAGUGCUCGCAGUGCCCCAAGUGCCCACAGUGUCUGCAGUGCCCCAAGUGCCCGCAGUGCCUGAAGUGUCCACAGUGCCCGCAGUGCCCGCAGUGCCCCGAAGCGCCCCCCGAGGAUCCACUUCAGGGAAGCAGAAGCCACACUGCCGAGGAGUGGCUCCCAAUGGCUUACCAAAUCACAUCAUGGCUCCUGUUUGGAAGUGCUUCCAUCUCACCAAGGACCUUCGAGAACAGAAGCAUUCAUACUGGGAGUUUGCAGAAUGGAUUCCUUUGGCCUGGAAGUGGCACCUGUUAUCUGAAAUUGAGGCAGCGCCUUACCUGCCCCAGGAGGAGAAGUCUCCACUUUUUUCUGUACAACGUGAAGGGCUUCCUGAAGAUGGCACACUCUACCGAAUAAAUAGGUUUAGCUCAAUCACAGCACACCCAGAGCGCUGGGAUGUGUCCUUCUUCACAGGAGGACCACUCUGGGCUUUGGAGUGGUGCCCAGUGCCAGAGGGGGCAACAGCCUCGCAGUAUGUGGCUCUGUUCUCCAGCCCUGACAUGAAUGAGACACACUCACUGAGCCAGCUUCAUUCGGGCCCUGGGCUGCUGCAGCUUUGGGGCCUUGGGACCUUGCAGCAGGAAAGCUGUCCUGACAACAGGGCCCACUUUGUCUAUGGGAUUGCUUGUGAUAACGGCUGCAUCUGGGACCUCAAGUUCUGCCCCAGUGGAGCAUGGGAGCUUCCAGGCACCCCUCGGAAGGACCCUCUCCUGCCCCGGUUGGGUCUCUUGGCUCUUGCCUGCUCAGAUGGGAAGGUGCUGCUGUUCAGUCUGCCCCAUCCUGAGGCCCUGCUGGCUCAGCAGCCGCCAGAUGCGAUGAAGCCGGCCAUUUAUAAGGUAGAAUGUGUGGCAACCCUUCAGGUGGGGUCUGUGCAAGCCUCAGACCCUUCUGAGUGUGGCCAGUGCCUUAGCCUGGCCUGGAUGCCCACCCGGCCCCACCACCACCUGGCUGCUGGAUACUAUAAUGGCAUGGUGGUUUUCUGGAACCUUCCCACUAACUCGCCCCUGCAGCAGAUACGGCUCUCUGAUGGCUCCCUGAAGCUCUACCCCUUCCAGUGUUUCCCAGCCCAUGACCAGGCUGUGCGUAACCUGCAGUGGUGCAAAGCUAACAGUCAUUUUCUAGUCUCUGCUGGGAGUGACCGGAAAAUCAAAUUCUGGGACCUUCGACGACCUUAUGAACCAAUAAACUCUAUCAAGCGCUUCCUGAGUACAGAGCUGGCCUGGCUGCUCCCCUACAAUGGUGUCACUGUGGCUCAGGACAACUGCUAUGCCUCUUAUGGACUCUGUGGAAUUCAUUAUAUUGAUGCUGGUUACCUUGGUUUCAAAGCCUACUUCACUGCUCCUCGAAAAGGCACUGUCUGGAGUCUUUCAGGAUCAGACUGGCUUGGGACAAUAGCUGCAGGAGAUAUAUCCGGGGAGCUCAUUGCAGCUAUAUUGCCUGAUAUGGCCCUGAACCCAAUAAAUGUCAAGCGGCCUGUAGAGCGAAGAUUCCCUAUAUAUAAAGCAGAUCUGAUUCCGUAUCAGGACGACCCUGAAGAUCAAGACCACUAUUCUGCUUCAUCUGGGGCCCCCAACCCUCCCAAGGCUCGAACUUAUGCGGAAACUGUCAGCCAUCACUAUUUGCUCUUUCAAGACACAGAUUUGGGCUCGUUUCACGAUCUUCUCCGUAGGGAACCAAUGCUGCGCAUGCAAGAGAGAGAGGGGCAUUCUCAGCUCUGCCUGGACAGACUGCAGCUGGAGGCUAUUCAUAAGGUACGUUUCAGCCCAAACCUGGACUCCUACGGAUGGCUGGUAUCUGGGGGGCAGUCAGGGCUGGUUCGGAUCCAUUUUGUCCGUGGACUCACCUCCCCACUGGGCCACCGUAUGCAGCUUGAAAGCCAAGCCCAGUUCAAUGCUAUGUUCUAACUAUCCUGCCCCACUGAAGGGCUUGGCUUCCCUCCAACCAGCCAUUGCCUUCUGCCCAGUUCCUAGUCUUGGUCCACACAGAACCCUUGGAAUGAAGUCUACCAAGAACAAAUGGCCCCCAGGCACAGAGCCAUAGGAACUGGGGCUUUCCUGGACAGUUACGCUGCCCAGGCCUGGACCUUUAGGCCUGUUUCCCCAGGACUCCUUAGAUCCCUUUCCUUCCAUAGACUUCUCCUGUGAUCACAGCCUCCAGUAGGCAGGGGGCUCUCCCUCCCUGAACUCUCAAGGCUCCUCAGCCUAAAACUAUGGUUCACCAGAAACACUCAGGCCUGACCUAGGCUUGGGAGUCAGAUUGCUCAUAUUGAGCAUAUUGUGAAGUAGGUAAAGCCAAGUAAAGGUACUGGGUGUUUUUGAGAUCACAUAUGAGUGGGUGUUUGGAGAACUGGAAAGGGUAUCUGCAUGAAGGCACCCGUCUGACUAUAUUCCAGAAUCCAGUGUUACUGCCUUCCCACAUUUCCUCUUUUAGAGUAACCAACACACAGGCGUAUAAGGGGUGAUAGUAAUUUAUUGAACAGAAGCUGCUUGUAAUAUUUCUUUAACUGAGGAACACCACAGACACCCUACCAGUAGAACAGUGACUCAGAUCUUACUUGCUCCUGCUUAUGAAAUAUUCCUGGCCACUGGUCACCUGACCUUACUUGAACACUCCUGGACAGUCGUGUUUUAAAAGAUCUUCCUUUAUAUCGUCAAAGGGUAUACCUCUAAAUUUUACCCGCUGGUGUUAGGAAAUCUAGUCAUUCUUCCCUGUGAUUGCCCUUUUAAGUAUUUAACGAUAGCUAUCAUGUGUUUCCCAAGUAUUUUCUUCUCUAGAUUAAAUAUCUUCAGUUACUUCAACCAUUCUUUUACACGUCAUGAUUUUUGAUCCUUCAUGGUAAUUGUCACAUUGUUUAGCUGUGUUAUUUCAGCUCUGUAUAUAGGAGCGUUCAG